AUUGAGGCGCCUGCUCCUGUCCCUGGCCUGGACGGUGUCGUCAUCAGGCAGCGCAGGUUGCCGGAGACCCUGGAAGCCGCGGGAAGGGAGAAGGAGAUUAUUUUGUGGUGAACAAGAUAGAAAGAUAUGAGCUUGUUCAAUCUUGACCGCUUCCGCUUUGAUAAGAAGGGGGACCCAGCUUCCACUGAUAAGGAAGGAACAAGCAGACCCGGAACUCCAAAUAAUGAACUUGAGGAAAAACCUAUGACCAGCAUUCCAGAGACUCCAGAAAAUAAGAGGCUGAACAAUGUUUCCUUCUUUAAGAAGGAUAAAGGUGUAAGUUUUCUGGACUCUGAGUCUGAAAUCGAGGACCAAGAAAGUCAACCAAGUAUGAGUUCCACACACAGGAAAGCCCACCCAAGGGAAGAGAACGGGGUUUCAGAUGAUUCAGCAGAUGAAUGCCCUCCUCCCGAGAAGACUACUGCAACAAAUGUAUCUCAUGUUAGCGAUGGGAUCAAAGAUGAAAAACUCCUAAAACUUCAAGAAAUCUUCCCUCAAAGGACCAGUGAAGAGCUAUUGCAACUAAUUCAAUCCACAGACACAUUGGAAGAUGCUGUAGCUGCUGGUAUAGCUCGCUUUGAUGAUAAGGAUAAAAAAUCAUCUCGGAAAAGAAAGGCAGAGGACUGUCCCCAGGAUGGGGCUGAGGAAAAAGUUUCAAAAAAGAAGAAAUCUGAUUCUUUUGGUGUGGACAGUGACAGCUCGGGCUCUGAAGAAGAAUGGGAAAAACAAGAGACCAGUGUAAAAAAGCUGCAGAAGCAUUUUCCUGAUUUGGAUAAGGAGGAGCUUAGAGAGGUUCUUCAAGAACAUGACUGGUCUUUUCAUGAAGCACUCGAGGCAUUGAAGUUGUUUGCUGAAGAUGAACAAGAUGACUUGCAGAGCACUUCCAAAAGCGCUACGUGCAAUGGAACAUCAGAAAGGGACAAAUCCAAUUCUAAAAACAGCACCAAAGCCAAGCCAGAUCACAAAUCUAAUGAACUGAUACAGAACGGUUUAAAGAAAAAAUCAAAAGGCAAAAAAAAACUGAUCAGCUUUAAACGAGAUUCAGAAAGCGAUGAGUCUGCUUCGGAUGCAGGCAGUGUUCUGGAUGAAGACUACAGCAGUAGUGAUGAGAUAAUGGAGGAAGAACACAAAACUAAAAUAGUUAGCUUCCUUCAAGAUGCUUCCUUGGAUGAGCUCUCUCUGAUCCCUCAGUGCUCUCUAAAAAAAGCUCAGAGGAUCACUGAGCUCCGGCCCUUCAAUUCUUGGGAUUCUCUGCUUAACAAAAUAAACAAAGUGAAUACUCUUUCCUUGGACAUGGUUUGGAACUGUAAAAUACUGAUCAAGGAAAGAGCAGUGGUUUUAAAACUUAUGAACAGAUGUGAGGAGAUUUCCCAGAAAUUGGUGAAGCAGGUGACGCAUAUCACUGAAGAUGGAGAAAGUGGGUGGAAUGUGAAGCCACCAUCUAUGCUGUCCAAGAGUCUAGAGCUCAAGCCUUACCAGAAGAUCGGUUUGAAUUGGCUAGCUUUGCUUCACAAACAUAAUGUCAAUGGAAUUUUGGCAGAUGAGAUGGGUUUGGGCAAAACUGUUCAAGCUAUUGCAUUCCUUGCGCAUCUUCACAUGUUGGGAAAUAAGGGCCCGCACCUUGUGGUAGUACCUGCUUCAACUUUAGAUAACUGGAUACGAGAAUUUAAUCAGUGGUGUCCAGACAUGAAUAUCUUACUAUACUAUGGUUCUCAGGAAGAUCGAAAGCACUUACGCUAUGACAUACUUAAUAAAGUGAUAGAAUUGAAUGUAAUUGUCACAACAUACAACUGUGCAAUUAGCAACUCUGAGGAUCGCAGUUUGUUCCGACGAUUAAAGCUAGAUUUUGCAGUGUUUGAUGAAGGACACAUGCUGAAGAACAUGAGUGCCAUUCGCUAUCAGCACCUUAUGACUUUAAAUGCCAAGCAUCGCCUCCUACUGACUGGAACUCCAGUGCAGAAUAACCUACUAGAGCUGAUGUCACUCCUGAAUUUCGUCAUGCCUCACAUGUUCAGCAGCAGCACCAGUGAACUCAAAAGAAUGUUCUCGUCCAAAGCGAAAUCUACUGAUGAACAAAGCACUUUUGAAAAAGGAAGAAUUGCUCAUGCUAAACGAAUCAUGAGGCCAUUUAUUCUCAGAAGAGUUAAAAGUGAGGUCCUCAAGCAACUACCUCCAAAGCAAGAUCAUAUUAAGUUUUGCCCAUUGUCCAAGAAGCAACAGCAGCUGUACAAUGAUCUGAUGAAUAAACUAAAGCGCUCCGUUGAAGGCACAGAGAAAAAUACUGAACUAUGCAAUGUAAUGAUGCACUUAAGAAAAAUGGCCAAUCACCCUUUACUACACAGGCAGUACUAUACUGCAGAGAAGUUAAGAAGUAUGUCCAAACUGAUGCUUACGGAACCUACACAUUGUGAAGCCAAUCCUGAUCUCAUCUUUGAAGAUAUGGAGGUUAUGACAGAUUUUGAACUACACAGGCUUUGCAAUGAAUUCUCAAGCCUAUCUACAUUUACACUUGAAAAACAGCUCAUUUUAGAUUCUGGGAAAUUUGAGAUGCUGGAGAACUUACUAUCUGACCUUAAGAAGAAGGGUGACAGAGUUGUACUUUUCAGCCAGUUCACUAUGAUGUUGGACGUAUUGGAGGUCUUUCUACAGCACCACCAGCAUCGGUAUCUCCGACUAGAUGGGAAGACUCCGAUAGCAGACAGGAUACAUCUUAUAGAUGAAUUCAAUAGCGACAUGGAUAUAUUUAUAUUCCUUCUAUCUACUAAAGCAGGUGGACUUGGGAUAAAUCUUACCUCAGCAAAUGUUGUAAUCCUCCAUGAUAUAGACUGUAAUCCUUACAAUGACAAGCAAGCUGAAGAUCGCUGCCAUAGAGUGGGCCAAACCAAGGAAGUGAAUGUUAUCAAGUUAAUUGGUAAAGAAACAAUCGAGGAGUCCAUGUUAAAAAUCAGUCAACAAAAAUUAAGAUUGGAACAAGAUAUGACGGCCACAGAUACAGGAGAUGAAGGAUCCAUUCCCCUAGAUAUGGCGACUUUACUAAAAACGUCUCUUGGUCUUUAAUGAAGAGUCUUUUUUUUUUUUUUUUUUUUUUUCUAAUUACGUUUUCGAGGCAGUGCUUUUUAUACUGAUGUAAAAGAUUGUGAACUGUCCUUUUUUUUUUUUGUAAGUAUUUCUCAAACUGAACUUACAUUUAUAGCAAUUGGGGGUAUCUGAGCUGUUUGAUGUACUGUUUAAAUUUCACAGCAGCUAAGUAAUCCACAUUUUGGAAAUAACAUUCUGAAUAUGUUAAAGGGGUUGUAAAGGUACCUUUUUUUUCCCCUAAAUAGCUUCCUUUACCUUAGUGCAGUCCUCCUUUAC